AUGAAUGAAAUAAAAGAAAAAAAAAAUGAAAAUCAAAAUAAAAAUAAAAAUGAAAAUAAAAACGAAAAUGAAAAUGAAAACUAAAAUGAAAUUGAAAUUGAAAAUGAAAAUGAAAAUGAUAAUGAUAAUGAUAAUGAAAAUGAAAAUGAAAAUGAAGAAUAAAAGGAAGAAUUUAAACAAAACGGACAUAAAAUUGAAUAAAUAUAUAUAUUUUUCUGUUUAGCAGCGAUACUAUCAAAUUUUGCUACUGGAGUAAUACCCGCAUCAUUAAUAUAAAUGGAAUAAGAAUUAAAAUUGACGUUUAGUUAAUAAGCAUCUAUUGGUUCACUCGAAUAUUUAGGUGUAUGUGUAUCAACAUUUUUUGUAACAUUAACAGUAAAUAAGUUUAGUUUGAAUCAUGUAUUAUCAUUAAGUGUUUUUUUAAACGGAUUUUUUAGUUUAAUAAUAGCAUUAAUGUCAAAUAUAUAUUUUAUAUUACUUUGUAGAUUUGGUUAAGGUUUUUGUACAGGAUAUAUAUGCAUAUAUGGACCUAUUUGGAUAAAUCAUUAUAGUCCAAAAACUAAAAUAGCCACAUGGCUAGGACUUAUGUAAGCAUUUGUACCUUUAGGAGUUAUGUUAGGAUACACUACAGCGGCUUUAUUAAUAAAUAUUACAGGUUGGAAUUUUAGUUGGAGAUUAGGAUUCGCUUCUAUGUUUUUAUUUACUAGCAUCGUAGCCUUAUAUUUUUUAUUAUAGGAUAAUAAAAAUUUAGAUAUUCUUUAUUUAGAGAAGAAAGGAUUAAAAAAAAAUUAAAAUUUUUCCAAUAAUAAUUAUUAGACUGAAUCUUUAUAAGAAAGUAAAAAUUUAAUUUUUCAUUAGAAUUAAACCUUUACUUAGGGAUUUUUAGAAACUUUGAAAUAAUAUGGUCCUAUUCUCAAAAACAAUAUUUUCAUAUAUGUGUGUAUCGGAUUAUGUACUUUAUUUUAUAUUGUAACAGGUAUACAAUAUUGGGCAACUGAAUAUUUUAUUAAAUUUUGUCGAGUUUCUAGUAGUUAAGCAAUGUUUUCUUUCAGUAUAAUAGCUAUCUCUGGGCCUACUUUUGGAGCUAUUAUUGGGGGAAAAAUAUCUGAUAAACUUGGUGGAUAUAAAGGUGAAAAUAGAAUAACAGCGUUAAAAUAUUGUGUUUCUGUAGGUUUAGCAGCUUUAUUAUUAUGUAUUCCUGUUGGAUAUGUAUUUGAGUUUUGGGAAUUAAUAGUUUUGAUUUGGUUUUUAUUAGCUUUUGGGGGGGCUUUAAUACCAAAUGGUACAGGAAUAUGUUUAAGCUGUUUACCGAAAGUUUAUCAUUCUACUUGUGGCUAUUUUCUAUGUCCAUUACUUUCAGGAUGGAUUAUGGAUAGAUUCGAAGAUAAAAAUUAAGGACUAGUGUGGGGUUGGAGAAGUGUACUUUGUGUAGGAUUAAUUACACCAUUUUUUUUUGUUACUGCACUUAGGAAUGAAAUGAAAAAUAUUGAAAAUUAAGAAUUUGAAUAUAUUGUUGAAAAAAGAAAAAAAGCUUAUACGAUUAAUUGA